GUGGACGGCUCUGACAACAUAUUCGUGGCGGGCUACACAAACGGGGAUCUCGGCAACGUCAAUGCAGGUGAGUGGGACCUCUUCCUAAUCAAAUUUGACAGCACAGGGACCUGGAAGUGGACCAGCCAGCAUGGAUCAAGCAACAAUGACGUGGCAAGAACAUUGCAGAUCGAUGGCUCCGGCAAUAUCUAUGUGGCCGGCUUCGCCAAUGGACCGCUGGACGGACAGGCAUGGGCAGGCCUGAGCGACAUAUUUCUUAUGAAGUUUGACAACCAAGGGACCAAGCAAUGGACCGUCAUGCGUGGAAGCAGUGGCAAUGACGACGCCGAUGCCCUGCAG